UAUGGCCCCCUUACAAUGUGGCUGAUAACAAGAACAAAUUACAAGAAUUAACUGUUACUUUAAAAAGUGAUUUUUUUUUUCAGCUCUGUUUGAAGGGCUUAAAGGUGUCAAGUGUUCAGUGCAGUUAGUUGAAGGACAAAAUUUCAAUGGCUAGGACGUAUCCAGGACAACCUGAACAGAAUAUUGCUUUUCUUUCCCUAACUGGGUCAGCUGAUGUCAGUGACAAAAGCCGUCCAUAGCAGCAGCCUUGCUCCCCUCUGCAAUGUUCACCGCUGUGCCUCGUACUCCCCCUCCAGCAGAAACCCCGGCCAAUCUGAAAACUGGCCUGGCCUCGGCCAUCUUGAACUCCAGUCUCUUGGGACAGCUGUUUGGCACCCCGCGUCCCCCGUCCAGUGAGCAGGGUGUCUCAGACCCAGAUACUAGUCUGUAUGACUAUGACCAACUAGGAGAACCAGGGUACUCCUCAGUGGACUUCUACCACAGCACUCCAGGGCCAAGUGACCCCCAGAGGGACAAACUGGACACCCCCCCACAGUCACACAAUGUCACAGUGGACAUAGCGCCACCUAUCUAUUCUCAGCCUGUAAAGAAAGGAAAGCGUAAGACAAUGAGUAUCAGCGACAGUGAACUGACAGAUGUGAGCUCUGAUUUAGGACAGCAAUCGCCGGAAGUCUCGCCAAGGAGAGAGUUUCCAGAGGCAGUUCCAGCCAAAGACAGCCUGAAGCCUACAGAAUCCCCAAUACCUCAAUUCAGGAGCUCUCCCAGGCUGAAUGCUCUGCAGGAUGAACACAAGAGACUUCUAGAGCAGCAGGGAGAGUUGGAGAGACAAUUACAACUUCAGCAGCAGCAAUACAACAACAGUAUCAAAAAGAUGGAACAACAGCUGCAGCAAUUACAACAUCAAAAGAGAAAUAAAGCUGCAGCUGAGGAAGAGGUGGGCUUACUUAAGCAACAGAAAGGAGAAGCAGAGAAGAAGCUUCAGCAGCAAGAAAACUUGAUCAGUAAUUUAAAGAGCCGCGUGAACAAUCUUGAACAGGGGAACAAAGAACUGGAUGAGAUGAACCAACAGCUGCACAACACCCUGGACGUCUUGAGACACAAGAUGGAGGACAUGAACAGAGCAGGAGAAAAUGGCCGACUGCGGCGCCAAAUAGACGACCUCAGGGAAGACAUUGAGUCUCUACAAGAAACCGUCCACAGAUUAAACGUAGAGCUUAGUCGCUACCAGGCAGCAUACAGGCCUCCUCAGCUGGAGAAACAGGGUCAGGAUAUCUCAGGGUUACCCACCAAAGGUCCCAUACCUGCCUGGCUGAUAAACAAGAAGUACUUGUCUCCACUUUUCUUGGCAUAUGAUGACAAGAUAAAAGAGAAAGAUGACAUUAUAGACAGUUUCGAGGAAGAUCUUGCUCACUUUCGAGAUCAGAUAGAAGAAAUAUUGAAGGAGAAUGAACGCCUCCAUCUUCGUCUUGAGCAGACGGACGCCACAGACGUAAUAUCAGCAACUGAAUGGCAGCAGCUUCAGGAACAGGCCAAGCUUGUGCUGGAGGAGAACCAGCUAUUGAUGGAACAGCUGGAUCUGCAGCAAUCCAAGGCACAGGACAUGCAUAAGGCUCAUGUGACAGAAGUCUCCAGACUCACCCAGCAGCUUGUCCAGGCAGAAGCGGAGAAAUCGGAGCUGGAGAAUUCCGUGAUGGAGCAGAGACACAAGUACAGCCAGAUGAAACACGAGCACGACUCGCUGCUGAUAGAGGCGCAAGAAAAACUGCCAAUCCACGAACACAAGAGUGCCAUUAAUGAACUGAGAAGAUCUUUGGAUGAAAACAAGCAACAUUAUUUGGAUGAAAUGCAGGAGCUGAAGUCAAAAUUGCAGUCUGUUCAAAGUGAGAAGAAAAACCUGGCAGUAAAAGCAAAGGAUCUGAUAGAAGAAAAAGAACAGCUGAAGGCUGAUGUCCGAAAUGUUCAAAGGCAACUCAAGAAGUCUGAGCAGCAGUUGGCCAAAAUGCGGGCUGCAGUCAGGGCUACCACUGACCAAGAGAUGACCAUCACAGAGCUGUUCAAUGAUUUCAGGCGCCAUGUUGAUAUGACCGUGUAUGAAAGAGACAGUUUGGCCAAGCAGGCUGAAGAUUAUGAAGUGAAAGCCAAUGAAAUCAUGGAGCAGGUGGUGGCAGAGAAAGUAAACAGGGGGAGGAUAGAGGAGAGACUGCAGAUGUACAAGAGCAGGGCAGCUGAUAAGAUAACUAUUGCAGUUAACAGACUGAAGGAGCAAGAAGCCUCAUUUGAAAAUGAACGAGCAGAAUUCAGACGAGAAAUUCGCCACUUACAGCUCAUUGUAAAAGAGAAAGAUGACGUCAUCAGCUCUUUAAAUGGAGACAAAAAGAGAGUAGAAGAAGACCUGGAAACCAUGUGGCAGGCAGCAACCAGAGAUAACAUGAGAAUGAAGGAAAGUCUGCGGAAAUCCUACCACAAGUCUGGUCAUGAAGACAGAUAUCACUCAGAUCACAGGGAACUGUUGCUGCUCUCUUCUGACAGUGAGAGGUGAUAGCAAGGAAGUAAGGGUGUUCCGGGUUCCCUGUGUAUUUCUAAGUGUAUGGCUUCAUAUGGUACAGGGGAUAAAUUACUGAGACAGAUGCUGACAUAAUAGCUUUUUGAGAGAGAUUUGAUAUUUUUCUUUUUGUUUAGUUUCUUCUCAAUUUCCAGACUCUCUCUCUCUCUCUUUCUCUCUCUUUCUCUCUCCACACUCUCUCUCUCUCUGCAAAGACUUGGCAUAAUUUUUUUAUGGAGGUGGUGUCACUAAGGAUUUGGAUUUAGUAGUUAGCAGAAGUUAUUGGAAAUCUGUAGCCUUAAACGAGACCCUGACUGCUAUAUCAGUGUGUGAUAAAUUUUACAAUACUGAAGGGAAACUGUGCAGACAAAGUACCAAACUGUGUCCAUGCAAUAUUGUUUCAAAACAUUCUACAAAAUCUGUUAGCUGUAGGUAAACUAUGGAGAUUUUGUUAGUGAGCACAUUGAGAUUAUUAAUUGUUUUAGAAUACAAGGGUUCUGCUGGUAUUCAGUCAUUUCAAAUGUACUCCGGCAAAAUCUGUAUUUGAUGACGGUGCGUAUGUAUGCUGCAUGUUAAACAAUUUUUUUUUUCAUUUAAAAAUUUGAACGGUAACCUCUUUUACUAUAACGGAGUCACAAUCAUGUUCAUUGUUGUUACUAGUUAUAGUAUUUACUUAUUCGGUCUACUAACAUGUUGUAAUAAUGGAAUUUGAUGUAUUAUUUUUUACAUUCCAUGUACCACAUGUCACAAAAGAACUCCAAUCUAAAGUUGGUCUGAAAAUUCCAUUUUAAUGCGGAAUGAAUUCAUUGGUGAAAGUUAUCUUAAGUGAAGAAAAUUGUCCCAUUUGGCAAAGUUAUAAAAAAGGCUAACAGUGGAGAUCAGUAGUCACUUCUGAAUCAGUGGAAUUCAUGUAACUUACCACUGUAUAACUCGUAAUAUCAUUUAACUCGAUAUCUUAAUAUUUGGAGAUCGUUUCUUUUGUAUUAUCUGAAACUUAUCAGAACAUUGUCUUAGUUGAAUCUAAGUAUAACUCGAACAAAUUUUACAGUCUGAAGUUGGAUUUUUUUAUAUUAUGUAAUCGAAGUGGACUACAGUUCUUUUAUCGAAGUAGACCAAGUCUUAAUUUGACCCAGGUUCUUUGUGAAGCUGGCCCCAGGGCAUUAUGGGAUUGUCUGCUUCCAUUUUUCCGUCCAGUUGUAUUUUACCAAUUUAUUAAUCUAAACUUACUGUUUUAUGCAUCAUAUGAGAUGUACUUCAUUUGCCAAAUGAUGUUUUAUUUCAUUUUGAAGGAUAGAAUAUUAUGUACUUAUCAGAGGCUUUUGAGAAAUAUUUCAUUAAUGACUUUGUGAUUUUGUAUAUUGCUUCUCUUGUUUACAAAUGGCAUUUUAAAAUUUUACCGAAUUUUUCUCAGUGAUUCCUGAUUACCAUGCACAUUCUAUUAACUUAUUCAUUUUCUCCGUCCUCACUGGCAUUAUUGUGCUAAUGUAGUCUUGUUGUUGUCAUUUGUUAUUGAUAUUAAUGUUAUGCUUCUGUCCGUCCUAGAAUAUUGAAAUAUGUAAAAAGAGAAUAAUUCAUAUCACAUAUUUUACCAUUUAUUAAGAAAUAAGAUAUUGUUGUCUCAUAAUAUUUAAGUUCAUCUGGCAGUAUUUGCCACUUGCUCAAAAUGACCAAAAACUUAGAAGAUAGUGUUCGGUAACUUUUGUUGUAGACCUGUAAAUUCUAAGGAGUUUAAUUACACUAUUAGAGUAUUAGUUUCACUGAGGCCUUUUUAAGCCACAUACUAUUAACUAAUAUAUAUGCCUAGACAAGGAAAACAAAAUGUGCUUGUACAUGUUUUUUUUUUUCAUGGGGGGAUGCAGUACUUAAAUAUAAUGGAACCAAAUAAGUUUCUCGUCCUCUUUAUUGAUUGCAGUAUCGUGGAAGAAAGCAAUAAAAGAUGUUUCAUCUCAUUUGUAUAGAUAUAAUUUUUUUCUUUAUGAAAUUUAGGAAUAUAUGGAAGGACAAUAGUUAUUUUAACUGUGAGAACUGGAGAUUACAGUAUGCUGACAUUACCAGACAAUAAGAAAGAAAUAAAAAAAAAAAAGAAAUACAGCAUCUUGCAGUGGAAGAAGAAACUAUUGCUGUAAGAGAUUGUGAAGAAAUAAAGCAAAACCUAGUUCAAGACUCACCCUUCAAGAAAUUGACAAAAAGGACUUAUUUUUAAAUAUGAUGUGGAGAAAGGGCAUUGUACAAAAACAUCACUAAUAA